CAACAACAAAUAUGGAGGUGUCUCCGUUCAGCUUCACACCGGAGCGGUACUGGACGGAGGAGAAAGAGAGGGCGCUCAUAGCGUUCUUCUCCAUGCAUGGCUGCCUGUGGAACCACAAGUCCGAGAGCUACAAGAACCGACAGCUGCGGUGGAAAACCCUGGAACGCCUGAGGUUCCUUCUGUCAGCUCACCCUCCUCCCGUUCCUCUCACAGUGGAAGACAUCAAGAACAAGUUCAAGAACCUCCGCACCACCUUUCAGCGCCAGUACAAAAUGGUGAAGGCGAGCGAGGUGUGCCGGUCGGAUGACGUGUUCGUGCCGCAGUGGAAGCACUACGAGCAGCUGAUGUUCCUGCGCGGCUGCUGGGACCGGGACGGCGGCCCCGACGACCAGCCGCCCUCACCCUCGCCACCGCCCGCUCCACAGGAGGAGAGCCGGCCCGUCGUCUCCUCCCCGGGGCUGAUCGUCCCCCUCCUCCCCGUCCUGUCCAGCUCCUCCCCGUCCUCCUGCGUCCCCUCCAACACGCCGGUGAAAUGUUACUGGACUGAAGAGAGGGAGCGUGCACUGAUAGCUUUCUACUCCGAGCAUAGCUGCCUCUGGAAGAAGAAGUCCGAAAACCACAACAACCGUCAGCUCAGACUGAGGCUGCUGGAGGCUCUGAGGAGCCAGCUGUCCGACCACUCGGUGUCUUUCUCAGUUGAAGACAUGAAGUGCAAGUUCAAGAACCUCCGAACAGUUUUCAACCGCGAAUACAAGGCGGUGCAGGCCAGCAGGGUGUCUGACAAACUCCACGUGUCCAAAUGGAAACACUACCAGCACCUGCUCUUCCUCUGCGAGUCCUGCGACGAAGACGACAGCCCGGACGACGUGCAGAUAGUGACGCCCCGGGAAGACCUGGACCUGGAACGCGGAAACCAAACACCCUACUCGGCCCUGAGUGGCUUCUCCUCCGGCUCCGCCCAAAUCAAGUUCAGCAACCCCUCCGCUCCCUCCGGCGACGCCAAAGCCAACGCCGCUGCCGCGUACCAAGUCUUCCUCCCAGCGUCUACGAAUGACCUCAAACUAGCGAGCCAAACAGCUGCGGCCACGUUCGCCGCCUCUCCGUCCUCGCCACCGCCGGACACCAAACCUUGUACAAACCCCUCCCAUCUAAAUUUCUCCGGUUCGGUUCAGGCCGACAGCAGACUGAGCGCCGACUCCCGCUGCCACUGGAACGAGGCCAAAGUUCAGCAGCUCAUAUCGUUUUACUCUGAGCACAGCUGUCUGUGGAACCAUAAGUCCGAGAGCUACAGGAACAGGCUGUUGAGACAGAGCCUGUUGGAGACGCUGAGCGGCGUCCUCUCUGACAAUGAGUCGGCCCCAUUCACAGUGGAAGACAUAAAGACAAAGUUCAGGAACCUGCGAACCAUCUUCCAGCGUGAACACAAGGCAGUGAGCUCGAACAAAACCUGCGGUUCGGAGGACUUUUACCUUCCGAAGUGGAAACACUACCGCGAGCUGAUGUUCCUCUGCGACUCUUGCGACGAGGACGAGCGGCCCGUAGACCUCCACUUCCACGCAGCGCAGGAGCCCCGCCUCCUCCACCUGGACGGCCAUGCCCUCGACGGCCGCUACCACGGCACCAACCAAACCGCCGCCCAACUGAACGUGGCAUCGUCGCAGGGCCUGGAAACUCCUCCCUCGCCCACUCCCCCGGACUCCCAACACUCCUCCCCCUCAUCCUCCCCCUCCACACAGUCCUCCCGCACCGAUAGCAGAGUGUCGGGAGGACGCAAGCGGGCGGGCCGCCUCCUCCCGCCGCCCUCCGGCGAGGUGCUGGACAUCAUGAGGACGUUCUGUCAAAGCCAGGCGGCGGCGCCGCACGCAGGCUUCCUGAAGUACGUGGAGGAGUGUCUGAACGAGACGCCGCCGGACAAAGUGAAGAAGCUGAAGAAGAAGAUCAUUGAGACGAUCCACAGCGUGUCGGAGGAGGUUUAG